CGAGAAUUAAGCAAUCAGGUGCGAGACUUUAAGCAUGGCUUGGUUAGCUCUCAGUCUCGAGGGCCACAUUGUGCUGGCGUCGCCAUAUAUCUUCCACUCCAACUCUUCUCUUUAAUCAUCUCAUCUAGAUUUCGAAUUACGAAGUCGCAUAAUACUUAUAAUAGCACCUAAAAACAUGUCAGCUCCAAACCCGGCUCAGUCCACACAGGAGACCAUGAACGCGCUGCGGUUCCACGGCCAAAAGGACCUAAGAUUUGAGAAGAUCCCAAUCCCAGAAGUCAAGCCAGGUCAAGUCAAGAUAAAACCAGCAUGGGUCGGAAUCUGUGGCAGUGACCUCCACGAGUAUUUAGGUGGUCCAAACCUCUGUCCCACCACACCUCAUCCAAUCACCGGCGAAACAGUCCCACUUACCUUUGGCCACGAGUUUAGCGGAACAAUAGAAGAGGUUGGCGAGGGCGUAGCAGACUAUAAGCCUGGCGACAGGGUUGUUAUUCAGCCCAUUAUAUACGACGACACCUGUGUCGCGUGCGAAGAGGGAUUGCAUAACUGCUGUUGGUCCAAUGGCUUCAUCGGCCUAUCUGGAUGGGGUGGUGGGUUAGCAGAUCACAUAGUCGUCCCAACAUCGACUCUAUACCACCUUCCCGACAAUGUCCCGCUCGAUAUUGGCGCCCUAGUCGAGCCUCUAGCUGUUGGCUGGCACGCUGUCAAAGCCAGUCCCUACAAGAAAGGCGAUAGCGUGCUCGUUUUGGGAGGCGGCCCCAUUGGAAUCGCAACUAUUCUCGCCCUCAAGGCAAACGGGUGUGGCAAGAUUAUUGUCUCGGAAAUCAGCAAAAAGAGACAAGAGUUUGCCAGGAACUUUGGCGCACACUACAUCAUCAACCCCGUGAACGAAGACCUCGCAACCCGCUGUCGCGAACUUACAGGGGGGAAAGGUGUGCACGUAGUUUAUGAUUGUGCUGGUGUCCAAUCAGCACUCAAUCAGGCCGUUCAUGCCACACGAGCUCGCGGCUGCAUUGUCAACAUCGCCAUUUGGGAGAAGCCAUGCACGAUCCAGACCAACGACUUCAACUUCAAGGAGCGAAGCUACAUGGGUAUUGCAACGUACGAAGUGGGUGACUUCCAAGAAGUGAUUGACGCACUUAGUCGGGGCGAUAUGGACCCAAAGGCCAUGAUUACACAGAAGAUUGCUCUGACCGAGGUGGAGGAAAAGGGUUUCAAGAGUCUGAUCAACGACAAGGAUAACCAGGUUAAGAUUCUGGUCGAAGUUGGUGGUGGCGUAUGAGUGUUGUUUGAAGGACAUAAUGAGUUUCUAGUCGUACAUUCUAAUCUAUCCAUCUCAUUC